AUGUCGUGGACCCGUGAACAAGAUUGGGCCAAGUCGUCCUGGGCUAGUUCGUCUUGGGAGAAGAAAGGAUCGUCGGGUUGGAACAACCGUGACUGGCAAAAAUCUCCUCAACAGUCUGUUCCCAGCACCAAUGUUGCCAUCCCAUCGUCUUUUACCAGUGACUGGGAGUGUUACGACAAGAAUGCUAUUUCUGGCAAGAAGUUCUUUCGUAACAUCCAAUCCACGCCCUGGUCUACGAAAGCUGGACUGGCUGGAAAAGAUGUCGCCGAUCUUCGUGUCUCAGACCUGACGAGAAAAGGUCUUGAUGACUUCAGUCUCCGCUGUUUGUCCAAUGGAGAAUUUCAGAGCCUGGUGUUCGUGAGGUCGAUUUCAGAAGCAGUGUUUGUGACUAACCUGCUUCGUCACAUUCGGCAAGACCGGAUUGAUCUUGAUGCCGUGGCAGCAAAUAUGCACGGCCCAGCUCCGCCUGACAAGCACAGGGAGUCUGCGAGAUUUAUGCAACCAUUGCUUGGCGAAAUUGUUUCAACAAUCAAAGCCAAUUCGCCCCCUCCGGCGGAUUCAAGCCAGCAAUCGCCUGAGAGUGAACAGCUUGCUCGUGCGAAGCGAAAGUUGAAGGAAGCUGGGAUUGCUCUUACUCCAGAGAAGAAGCAGGCCAAAACUGGCCCAAAGCCCACCGCUUCGCCAUCACCGUCAGCUGAGCAGAUUUUGAAUGCGGAACUCCCGAAUCCGCCGAACUCUGUUCCGAGUUCCAGCUCUCCUGAUGUUGUUGAAAAAUGGCUCAAGAAGCAUCAGAGCCAGUUUCGUGGUCAAGCUGCAGCUUUUAAGAAACAUGUGGCUGAUGUUUGCUCUGUGCUGAAAGAUUCAGCCACUGAUCGGCAAAGCCUGGCAGAUCUCGCUAUCAAGUACGGCUUGAAGAAAAGCCAUGUCCGUAAGAGGCUUGCUUCAGCAGUGUGCACGCUUGGUACAGCAGCAGCUUUCAUGUUGGAGUUUGGCGAUGGAAUACCCAAGACUCCGCUGAUUUGGGUGCAUACAUUGAUGUCGUUGGUGUUGUUGUUUUACCUCAAUGCACCCAGCCAGGAUGAUUCACACAGAUUCAAGAUUGUUCGGAGAUUGCAGCAGUUCGGAGUGGAUCCAGAUACUCUGCAUUAUUCUCUGUUUGAGAAGCCGAACACUGUAUAUUGCAUUUUUCAAGUUGAUUUCGACAUGGGUCGAUUUCGUUCGGGCUACCGUCAGCCCUCAUCACUUCUGUAUGUGGGAAGCACUGCUGUCGGUGCAGCCAAGCGGCAUUUGAACCGCAUGGCAGUCUACAGAAGACUUCAAAGAACCGAAUUUGUGGAUGCAGAAUUGUCCCUGAGAUAUUGGGCAUCCCAACACGACCUUUUCCAGUUUGUGCUUGUUCCGCUGGAAUUUUGUGACAACUACCAGCGAGCUUGGACUGUUGAGCACGAACUCAUUGCUCAAUGGCAGGCACCUUUGAAGUAUCCCAGAGCAAUGUCUCUCAUUAAGAAGACCGCUCUCGGUUUCCGGAUUUCGUCCAAACGCAGAGGGUCAUUGUAUUGCACCUUUAGCCUCCGACUUUGGCGCAAACUGCGAAAGCGCAUGUUUGGUCGUAGUUCGAAAUUCUUCAUUCAUGACUCUCGGGAGUUAGCCUGGGGGCUUCUGUUUAAGCUGGCAUCGAGAACCCGAGCAUCCUUUGAAACAGCGAAGCUGCUCCGAUCCAACAAGACGGCUGACGAGGAAGUGUAUGCCCUCAUCAAACUCAGUCGCAAUAUCGAAAACCCUCAUCGCAACAGGGUGCAAGGAAUACUCAAAGGUGUAGCCAAGUUUCGCAAGAAGAUGCACUGGCCACGGACUUCCCGACCUUUGGGAGUCCUGCCAACUGCGUCUCCUUCGUUUUCCAAGGAGUGCGAGAAGUGGUUAAAAGACCUCAUCCUCCGGUACAAGUAUCUUUUUCCAUCUUUUCAUGUUCCAAAGAACAGCCUACGUGAAGUUCCGCACCAGAGUAUCAAGAAAUUUCUCCACAACUUCCGAUCUUGGGAAGAAACGAUGUGGGAGCACGACUUUGAUUUGGAGUCGGUGCACUGUCCGUGUGAGCAGUUUGCAGGAAAACUUCCUGCUCAUUGCUUCGUGUCUGGCCACGUAGCCACAGGUUUGGAGAACCUGACCAAGCUACUACCAGGCUGUUCGAGCAUCUUAUCGGCCAGUGCCGCGAGCACCUUUUUCCCAGGCCGCAAUCACUGGAUGGCCAAGUCCAGAGCUCUGUUUGAUCAGUGGCUCAAGAGACACAAGCUACCAGCGACGUUGCAUCCAAUUUUUCAAUCCUUUUGUGACCACCAGUGGCAGCAACAUGUUGCAGCCCUGGAACAAUCAGACAGACUACACUGGGCUUUGGUACAGAAGGUGAAGUCUGCCUUGCACUCGGAUUUUGUUCUGUACAACGAAGAUCAUCAUCCGAAUCAUGUCGUGUGCUAUUGUCCUCGCUUCUUCCUUCGAGGAGUUAGCACCACAUGGAACGAUCCCUCUGUGUUUCGUACUCUUGAUGGUACCCCUGAAGAAUGGAGACAGCGCAUUUUGAAGCGCGUUCCUCGAGAUCUGUCCAGAAGAUACGCCUGGGCCUUCAAAGAAGCAGCUCCGCUGCCUCAAGGCACUGUGUUCCUGAAACGGAAGAAACAGUUUGCCAAGGGACGGACCAUCAUUUCGUAUUCCAAUUCGUUGUGCAGCAAGCUAUUGGAGCUGACCUCCAUUGCGUUAACCUUAAUGGUCAAGACGCUGUUUGCUGACAGCCCAGGCAUGCAGAGCAUGCCACAGCUCUGGAGGUCUCUUCAUGCUUAUUGGGCGAAGCCCAGCCAAGAGGAAGACGUCGAAUGGAACGACGAUCUCGUGGGAUUUUUCAAUGCAGUUCCCCGAAAAGACAUCAUGCACGCAGUGCAUUUGAUUGUCCAAGAAUACUGCCAAACUUCUGGCUGUUCGAUCCUCUCGAUCGAUAUGUUGUCAAAAACGGGACACCCGGGCAAACCUCGGGGGAGAACGAAAUCAAACUUAAAGAGGUGUUGGGUUUCUGAUGUUCCGCUGAUUGUGGAUCUAUCCUUCGCCACGGGAGUUUUUACAGCUGCUGGAAAGUGCAGGCAGCAAGUGGAGGGGACGUGUAUAGGCAAUCAAAUAUCGCCGAUCCUCUCCGGACUUCCUGUACUCCUGGCCGAGCGGCAGUUUUUGCAAUCUUUGCCGACGGCCAUCCAAUCGUCUUUCUUGUUUCUCCGUUACGUCGAUAACAGACUGAUUCUGGGACCUCAGAAAAUUCUACUGUCGUCCCAACUCCGGAGAUUCUGCGAUCCUAACUUUUAUGAUGGGAUUCAGUUGGAAACUGUGUCAGACCAUCAAUGGUUGGGUUUUACCAUUUGUGCCAAGACUCGCUCAGCAACUUUUAAUCUCCCGGAGCAACCAUGGCAGAUCCGCUCGCCCAACAGCGCUGGAUCGUGGCAGCUGGCAGCCCCGGGAUACUUUUCUCGAGCAUCUUUGAUUCGCCAGUACUCCUGGAAGCUAGCAGAGCUCGGUCGGUUUUGGUACACCCACCACCUCGAGCUCCGCUUCCAAUUCAACUCACACCGGGUGAGCCGGCCAGGUCUACUCACCCCAGCCGUGAGCGUCAUGAUCGCAGUCGCUCGAGACGACGACGGCGUCGACACCAUCGGCAUGAACGUCACCCUGAGGGACCUCCCGCGGCCCCAGUUCGACCAGUUCUGCCUCCCCCUCAGCCUCCUACUCGACCACCAACAAGAUCUAUUGAGCCGGCUUCUGUCCGUUCCCGGCCUCAUGAAAACAAUGGGCCCAGCAACAGUCCACAGCGACCGCCGGGGCAAUGGGAACAGCUAUUUCAUGCUGCUCAUCGCAGCAGCUAUGAACAACUUUUCCAAAAUCCUCAAAGAGGAUGUUGAGGAUGUGCUGAAAUUUUUGUUGACCCGAUUUGGCCAGGCAGACCGACCUUUUCUGCCUGUGAUUCCUAUUGGCCAACGGGAGAUUGUCACUCUUGCCCGGUCCAUUUUGGCCAGCAAGAUACCAUAUAAGGCAAUUUUUCAGCAUGAUGCCAAGGCGUAUGCCAUGCCCCAAGAAGCAUUGCAUGUUUGGGAGUUUCCAGUGGCACAUAUGCCAGGACCUGAAGAGCAGACCAACUGCUAUUAUCUUUGGGGACACGGGACCACGGCCGAAGGCCUGGUCGGCAUCCUCACGUUGGGCAGGGUCAUUCGCUCUAGCGCCGAAGCUGUACAUGUGGCGCCGCACGAUCAUGUGUGCUCCUUUUAUGGCAAAGCCACACAAAACGUGUACUAUGAAGAGAGCAAGUUAGACUUCGUGUCAAAACUGCACCACUCCACGAAGAAUUCCGCAGGAGUGGUCGUUGGAGGAUAUCUUGGAUCUGCGCAUCACAAAUCCAAAUCCUCCAGUACUGUACAUGAAGGACACUUGUGCAAGUUCCACCCGCUUGUACACUCCCCUUCAGGAGAUAAGCGCUGGGCGGUACGUGAAGCCGCAGGGCGCAUCGACAAAAUUUGGAUUUUGUCAAGCACCCACUCCAUUACGUUGCCGAUGUCCACCCCCAACAAUCCCCGGCCGAUUACUUUUGAAACGGGGGAAGGACAGGAUUGGGGAGUCAGCUGGCCUGGCUUGGAGUACUCUGUACGAAGCACCGAAGCUUUACCGGUCUCCGAUGUACAGAGAGAGGCUUAA